AUGAGGUUUGAAGGCCUCUCAUCUCUAGCCUUGUUUGCCUUGGCGGCCUCACACGCCAUCGAAGUUCGCGCCCCUGCUGAAGCCGCUGUAGCGGCAACCGCUGGCGACCAUGAUAAUGGCAAGGAUUGGCACCCUCAUACUAAGGAGCCACACUUCUUCAACUUGAGAGUCAACGACCGAUGCGACCCAUUCCACAGGCCGCAACCGGAGACCCUGAAGUCGCAGUGCCCAUUUGAUUCCUAUGCGAUUAGGCUAGAAAAGGGAAUCCUUGUUGCAACACCCUACAACAAAUGGUAUGAUCCCAAGCUACCGACCUUCUUCGUGGACGAUGAUACCCAGCUGUACACCGUCAGCAAGGAUCCCCUUCAACUAUACGUUGACUCAGUCACCGGUGCUGUGAAGUACACUAAGGUCGGAUGGCUCCCACCGAGCGCCAUCUCCACUGGUUUCUAUCAUACUGGAAACAACCCCAUCCAGCUCGUCGACCCGAGCCCGUCAUACCUCACCUGGCCUUCGACGUACGGUAUCACCAAGGGUGGGAACUUCGCCAUUUGCCCACUUGGCAGCACCGGCCAAUACCAGGUCUUCGUCAACAACUGGAAUUUUGACCAGCAGGGUGUGGAGAAGAGGCGCUGCAAGUACUAUGCGCUCGCGGCAUUGAACGCGAAUCCGUGGAAGAAGGAACAGUGGCGUCUGAAGGCACGCGACGAUUAUCCUACCUCAGACGAUGACAGCUACCCCACCUGGGGCGAUGACAGCGGCGACUCCUGGAGUGACGACAGCGACGACUCCUGGAGUGAUGAUGAUGACAGCUGGGGCAAGGAUUCCAAAGACGGUUACAAGAACAAAGAUGACAGCUACGAGACCAAGGAUCCGGGCUACAAGACCAAGGACCCGGGCUACGAGACCGACGACGGCUAUGAGACCAAAGACCCGGGCUAUGAUACUUGGGAGAAGGAUGACCCCAAAGAUGAUGGUUACAAGCAAAAGGAUGAUAGCUACGACACCUCUGAUGAAUGGUGA